AUGAAGCUCGUCAGGUUCUUGAUGAAGCUCAACAACGAGUCGGUCACCAUCGAGCUCAAGAACGGCACCAUCGUCCACGGCACCGUCACGGGCGUCGACAUCCAGAUGAACACCUACCUCAAGACGGUCAAGAUGACCGUCAAGGGCCGCGACCCGCUCUCGCUCGACACCCUCUCGAUCCGCGGCAACAACAUCCGCUACUGGAUCCUCCCCGACGCCCUUCCCCUCGACAUGCUCCUCGUCGAUGACGGGCCCAAGCCAAAGGGCGUGCGCAAGCCAAAGGACGCAGCCGGCCGCGGCGAUCGUGGACGAGGCCGUGGUCGUGGACGAGGCGGAGGACGUGGCCGCGGUCGAGGAUUCUGA